AUGAGCAAAAUUGUUCCACUUCCAAUAAAAUCAAGCGCGAUAAUCAUUAAAGAAUAAGAGGAUGACAUCAGACCAGUAUGAAAGUAUAAUUAUGUUUAGAGUGACCCUGUCAAGGCAAAUUAAUACAUGUUAUAAAACAUGUUUUUCAAGCAGGAUGAAACUGGUCAUCCAAUUCCAUAUGAAUUCACAGUGGGAUUGGAUGAAUUCAAAAAACAUGGUUUAGGAUUGUAUUUGUAUUUUAAAUUCUUGGAAUGCACUAUCUAUGUUUUCCUGGUCAUGAGUAUAAUUGCAAGCGUAAUUUGUUAUUUCAAUUCUACUGGAAAUGGCUUAGAUGCAUGGAAGAACCUAAAUCUACUCUAAGUAAUCUUGAAUUCUAUUAUUAGAAAUUGAGCGUUGGCAAUCAAGAAAAAAUUAAAAGUAGUACUGGAACUGAAUAUACUACCUCAGAUAUUUAAGAUUUUUAUAAUAACUCCUAAACUUGGCUCUCGACUUUGACUUGGAUGGAUUUCAGUUACACAUUGAUAUUCAUCCUCUUUUAUUUAGCCUUUUCAUAUUGGUCUAACAGGGAAAUCAAAGAAUCCAUGGUGAAAGAAAAGGUUCCUGCCAAUUUCUCAUUAGGAGUAAGCCUCUAACAAUAUCAAUAGAUAAAAGGACUGAGGGAAGAUGAGAGAGAUCCGAAUAAGCUAAAAGGGUUCAUCGAAGAUCUGGGAUUUAAGGUCAAAGAGGUGAAAUUGGCUAAGAACUACUCAAACACCUUAUUACUGCACAAACAAGAGGCUGAAUUGAAAAUCCUAAUCAAAGGAGAAGAUAUCAAGGCCCAAUUUCCAGAGUAAGCUUUCUAUCAUAUCCAUUUAGUUACGACCCAGCAGUCAAACAGAAAUAUAUGAAACAACUAUUAGAGAUAUAGGCUGAGAGAGAAACCAUUAUCAAGAAUAUUAUAGGGAAAAGAUUAAGACAUGAUGAAUAUCCUACAUUAAUGGCAUUUGUGAUAUUCGAAAGAAUCGGAGAUAAAAACUUGUUUAUUAAAGAAUAUAAAGCAAAUACUAAUUACAGUGUUUUUUAAACAUUUUGUUGCGGCAAAAAAGUGGAUGAUAAAUAUUUGUUUAGAGGCAAUGUUUUACAAAUAAUACCUUAAGUGGACAACCCAAGUAAUAUUAAUUGGGAAAAUCUUGAGGUUUCUUCAUCAAACAGAUUUUUGAGACAAAUAUUGGUUGGUUUUGGAGUGUUUUGUUUAAUGAUCAUUACCUUUUUUAUUGUGUUUGCCAUAAAUGUUGUAAGUAAAUACAGUCCAGAGGAUUGCGAAAUAAGAGAUUACACGUAUGAAAACACAUAGAAAUGGAUAAGUGAAGCAACUACAGCAAGUGAUAAAACUUAAAUCUAAUAAUGUUUUUGUAUGAAUUUGAGUCUAACAACCCUUUAUGCAGAUUAUUUUAAUUACUGUUCAGAUAUUGUGUAUCAAUAUACUGGAAUACAAGCAUUGCAAAUUGUGUCUGCCUUUGUGAUUCUGAUUGUUAACAGUUUACUGCAAUUACUUAUAAAAAGUAUUGUAAUUUUCGAAAGGUAUCAGAGUUUAAGUAAGAAACUUUCAGGUACUCUAACUAAACUCUUUAUAUCAUUAUUUGUCAAUACUGCUUUGAUUACUUUGAUUUUGAAGGCAAAUAUUUAUGGAUUCAAACUAUCCUACUAUUUGAGUUCUCCGAUUCCUCCUUUGUAAUCAGCAUAACAAAAAGAGGUGUUCCCUUCGGAUUUUAAUAGAGAGUGGUAUGCAGUAGUGGGAGCAGCCUAUGUCAACACUUGGAUAAUCAAUAUAUUUUCUCCAUAUUUUGUUGAUUUUGUGCUCUACCCAAUAAAAAAUUGGUUGAGAAAGAGAGAAGCACUUACUGCUAAGAUUUAGAGAGACUUAAACAGACUCUCUGUUGGACCAGAAUUUAAUCUUGACCUAUACUAUGCCAAUCUCCUUAACACCAUAUUUGUAACCUUAUUUUACUCAUCUCUUAUCCCAUUAAUGUUGCCCCUAGGAUUUUUUGCACUAGCUAUGCACUUUUUGGUUCAGAAGUUCCUGCUUCUGAAGUAUUAUCGUAAGCCUCCUUCAUAUGAUGAGGCCUUGCAUGACUCAGUCUUCACUUUACUUCCUUAUUCUAUUAUCAUGCAUAUUUUGAUAGCAAUAUGGGCUUAUGGUCACCCCUAUCUAUUCCCUUCAUCCUCAGAUGCUCUAGUAGAAAAUGGGGGUCUCCUGGAUGUGUCAAAGGAUUCAAUCUGGAUCAGAAUUUCAAACUCUUCAUAAUUGUCGAUUUUGGGAGUACUAUUUGUCAUCAUCAUGGUUAUUAAAUACUUUUUUAUUAAUCCGCUGGCAUAUUUAGUAAAGAUCUGUUGUGACAAUCAGGCAGUGGUAUUUAUUUAUUAAUAUGAAAGAUCGUAGAUUUUGCUUAAGAGGAAACUUAUGAUUAAAUUUAUGAUCAGAUUUCAUCUAUUUAACUGGCAACAUAUGAGAUAAGGGAAAAUGAAAAUUACAAGGAUUUGGUAUAUUCUCUCGAUUCAGAUCAACGAUCCCCAACCUAAAGAAAAUCCGAAGAAGAAAGAGUACCCCUGCAAGAUAUAUGA